AUGGCACCAACCUUUGGCGAGCUGUCCGAUAAGGCGGCACUGGGCAAACAGCUCAGCGCGCAGUUUUUGGGAGAGAAAUUCUUCGCCACUGCUCUUGAGAAUAUGAAAGAUGACCUGUUUACACGCACUAGCAUGCAAUUUGUUUGGGAAACUUGCUUCUCUUCAUAUGCACGCCCUUCUUUAAAGUGGAGGGAGCGGGCUUUGAUGAAUAUUGUGAUGAUGGUUGCGUUGAACCGAACUAAUGAGCUGCGCAUUCAUGUUCGAGGCGCGGUCCAGAAUGGAGUAACGGAAGAAGAAAUAUGCGAGGCUAUCCAUCAUGCAAUGAUUUACUGUGGAGUUCCGGCUGGAAGAGAUGCUAUGAUGGCGGCGGGUGAGGUCAUUGAGCAACUGAAAGCGUCUGGAGAAUAUCCGAAAAAAGCAUAA